AUGAGAGCAGAAGAGUCAGCUGAAUAUGCAGACGGACGCUUCAUGUUCGUUCCAGACUGGUUGUUUUUUGGCACGGCACAAGGCACAAAAGAUGAAAAGAACACCGACCAACUGACCACUAGUUGCAAUGAAGGGGUACACGAAUUGAGCGCACAGCUAGUUGAUUUUGAUAUGGGAGAAUAUGAAGGCGUGAAAUCGGAGUCAAGAAUUGUAUGUGUGUCAACUACCCAAGGGGAUUUAACCGAAAACCAUCAACAGCAUAUGGUCCUGAGAUCCGAGGAGGUGCGCUACGGUCACGCACUCGGCCAGACUGAAGUCAAGAAACCGGUUGUCAGACUUCGUCAAACCGGAUUUGGUCGCGAGUAA